AUGUGGCGUGCCUGUCGUGUAGCUGCGCUCCGCCACCUGCGCACCGAGGCCGCGCGCAUGCCCGUCGCCCGCGCGCCGCUGGCGCUGGCGCUGCAGCAGCAGCUGGGCAGCGCCACCUGCCACUUCACCAGCAUCGCCGGCGUGGACCGCGAGCUGCUGCUCACGCGCUCUGCACGCGACCUGCGUGACGAGCUCGGAGACUCGCAGCUCGGUGCCGUGGCCAAGGCGCUCAGGGGUGAGCUGUCCGCCGCCGUCGCGCGUGAAGACGUGACCAGCGACGAGAUCAUCGACCUUUUCACGGCGGCCCAGAAGACCCGCGCCGUGACCGUCAUGCUGGACGCCUUCGAUUUCCUGGACGCGAAGUUCCCGGCCCACAUCAACUUCGCUGUGUACGGUGAGGUGUUCCGCAUCUUGCAGCGCAAGAACAAUUGGAAGCGCCUUAUCGAGAUCUACGAGACCGCCAAGCCGCGCUUCAAGGCUGUGCCCGAGAUGAUCUACCGCUUCGGUAUUGUUGGAUAUCUGCAGGCUGAUGACAUGGAUGCUGCCGUCAAGACCUGGCAGGAGAUGAGCGAUGCCGGCCAUGAAACCACCAACGAAAUCACGUCGCGACUCAUGAUGGCGUAUGCGCGCAAGGGUGACGUCGAGAAGGUGCAGGAGCUGUUCGAGUCGGUUGACCCGCAGAUCGGCUACUGGCACGAGUCGUGCAUUGACCGUGUGAUCCUGAGUAUGGGCAUCAUCGAGCAGCCUGCUAAGGCCUUCGAGUUCUACAGCAACUCGAGCAUGAAACUGAACGGCGGCACGCUAAUCGCGCUGCUGAGCGUAUGUAACAGCAACAACUGCAAGCAGCAGGCUUCCGACAUUUUGGCAAACCGCAAGAAGUUCGAUUUGCGUCUUGAUGCUCGCGGCUACAACCGUAUCAUGAUGACUUUGGAGAACCUGGAGCGCAACGAUGAGAUCAAGGAGGUUCUGGAGGAGAUGGUUGAAAACAAGGUGCGGUUUGACACCAGGACUAACAACAUCAUCGAGCGUAACGCCGAGUUCCUCAAGGGCACGAAUUUCGUUGUGGAUCCUAGCAAGAGCAAGGCUGCCGGCUUCACGUUAAGCCCGCGUCUUCGCGAAAUGCUUUCUCAAGGACAAGCACAAGAUGCGGCGGCCUUGGUCGACUCUAUCGCGAAGCCGGUGGAGGAGUCGCAACUGUCGGAAGAUUUUGAAGGCGAAAUCCCUGAGGGUGCCUUGUUUGUGAGUCCUUCUGUGGCUAGAGAUGCUGUGCGUGCGUACAUCAAAACGAACCAGCAUGACAAGGUUGGCGCUCUGGUGAAGGGAUUCUCAGUCGUUCCCGGUAAGUAUGCCUACGCUCUGGCAGAGAUCAUCGGUCACUACCUGAAGUUGAGGAACAAGACCAGUGACGAGCUUAGCUACAAGGCCAUGAAGGCAAUGCUAGCCCAGGGUAUUCAGAUUUACCGCGUCGACGACGCGUUGACGCUAUUCCGCCGCUUCCACGACGCUGACGCCGCUGUAGAGCUAUUUGACCAAGUGCUUGCUACGUACUGGGGCAAGGAUGCUCCCACCCCCGCGGCGCACCGCACUGAGGAGGACGAGAAUGAUGUGGACAGCAGCGACUCGAAGCAGACGUACUUUGUGAACUUCAACAUUGGCAAGGUGAUCAACUUGGUUCUGCAGACAUUGGCAGAGAGUGGCAGGGCUACGGAGGCUCUGGAUACUUUAACCAAGAUGGCGAGCCGUGACCUGCAGACGAACCAAUCCAACUACAUCACCAUUCUGAGCUCCAUGCGUAAAUACCUACGAAACGUUAACCACAAGGACAGGAAGCACAAGGUGCUGUACGACAUUUCCAGCUUCCAGGCAGUGCUGAAGGACCUCAAGAGCCGCGGGUUGACGGUGAACCGGGCUGUUGUGGGUUACCUGUGCCCCGCUUACGUCGGUGCCAACAAGCAGCAGCGCCUUGAGCUGCUGGAGGCUUUCGCGGAAGCUCAGAGUGACCCUAACGACAACUACAUCUUGCCACACCUGUGCUAUGAAACGUUGCUGACGUUCACGGCCCAAGAGUGUGACAUCGCGGAGGUGAAGGCACUUUACGAAGAAGCUGUGACUACUUUGAACAACAAGGAGAAUCUCGGUGUGCCGCGGGGCUGGGUGAGUGUUCUGAUCUCAAAGCUUGCCAAGGAUGGCUACGUUGAAGAAGCCGAGCAGGCCGUGAAGGAUAUGCCCAAGGUGUGCGGUGGAUAUACGUACCGAGCUGCGGUGUCCGUGCUGCGCAGCGCUUUGGAAGCGAAGAAGCCCGAUGUUGUUGACAACAUGAUCGCGCUCCUGGAAGAGCGGGAGUUCCACGUCGGACUGGCGGAUGCCUACGAGUUGGUCCACAUGGCCCGUGAAAAGGAGCUCUCCUCGAAGGCGUUGGACAUUAUUCGUCUGUUCGAGAAGGGCAACUUGAAGGAGAUGGCUGCUGCUGAGGACGGCAAGGGCAACUUGGAGGCCGCCUACUUCCGGCGUCAGCGAGGCGACGUCCACGCGCUCCGGAAGGUGAAGACGAUGUACACCGUGGCGCUGAAGUCUUGUGAGACUGGCGGCCUCUGGAAGCAGGCGCUGGUGCUGCGCGAGCAAAUGACGACGCUGCUGGGCCAGGAAGCUGUGGACGAGAUCACUGCGAGUCUGACUGCACGGCAGCGGAAGCACUGGGAGCGCAAGGAGAAGAAGUCGGACGAGCAGGAGUAG